AGUUGGUUCUGUAAUGUUACAAGUGGGUAGGAGAAUGCAUCGUUACGGUGUGCGUUAUGCGUCUACUGGCGGUGAACCCAAGAGUCCGUUGUUUUUGACCAAUUUACUUAAUCGUAUUGACGAGAUUAAUGCUACGUCCAAAAGAAUAAUGACUGAACAAAAGCCCAAAACUGAAAGGAAACAAGGUCAAAAUGGUCCAAAAGGUCAAGCUCAAAGAGGUCAAGCUCAAAGAGGUCAAGCUCAAAGAGGUCAAGCUCAAAGAGAAGCUCAAAGAGGUCAAGCUCAAAGAGGUCAAGCUCAAAGAGAAGGUCAAAGAGAAGGUCAAAGAGGUCAAGGUCAAAGAAAUGAAAAGGAGGAACCAUUCCAGCUUAGACGGUUCAGUCCUAGGGUUAAGGUCAAGGACCACCCCUUAGCCAUGAACACCUUCCAAGUCAUGAGCGAACAUAGUACUGAAAACAGAAGACCCCAAGUUAAGGCCAGACCUAGAAGUAAUCCUCGAAACUUUUCGUUACAAAAAAGAAGUAAACCUAAACCAAGAACUAAACCGGUAGCUAAACAAAGUAUUGGCUCCAAACAACUUAUUUCCAAACCUUUGGAACCAAAAAUCACCAGUGCCCAUUUCAUACAAGGACAUCCAGCAUCAUUAAUCACCAAUAAACCAAGCACUGGGUUGGUUAGUGUGAUUAAAGAAACUUUGAUCAAAUCAAACUAUCCUUAUAAAUUACCAAAAUCAAUCAUUGAUGGUAUCAAUCCAAAUUUCCAAGGAAACAAAUAUAUCUUACAGAAAAACUGGCAGACCAAAUUCAUUAACCCCGAUACUUUAAGUGAAAGAUUGAAUGAAGUAGUCAAGGGUAAAUUCCAACAAUUGAAAAUCGAUUCGCUGAAAUACGAUAAAGAAGGAUUGAAAACCGCCCAUUCCAUUCAACACGAAUUAAUGAAAAAUGGCUCAAUGAGCUUAUCCAGUAAACAAUUGAUUUUGAAUGUGUCGUCGGGUAUAAUAAGUCCCCGUGAACUAUUAGCAGAUGCCC